ACUGGGAUCCUGGGGGAGGAAGGAGCUUUGUCGUCACACAGAGGCGCCUGGUGGGAGGGGUCGCUCCCUCCCCCUGCCUAGCUCGGUAGCCUUCUGUCCCCGGCGCCUCCUACGCCCUGCGCCCAGCUCCAGCCCCAGGCCACCUUCUCUGGGCUAGCGACUCAGGGCAUGGUGGAUGGAAACCUGGCUGGAAGGAAUCCAUCUUCCCUGCGUCAGUGGAGGCGCCGAAGGAAGCUCAGGGGCUUUGUUGGGGACCUAUGUCCCGAAGCAGGAAGUUCCUGAAAGAGCAAAAACCUCAGCUGGAGUGAGCCCCCUAAUGAACUAUUCUAACACAGAAUGGCUACAGGAUCCAGGGAUGCUGCAGCCUUGGACAACCAGGCUCCUAAAGAACAGUUAGGACUUCUGGCAGUGAAGAUGGAAGAAGAGGAAGGACGCAGCUGUGUACGGAAAUCUAGUUUACACAGAAGCAGUCCCUCCACCUGGGAGAUGUCUAGGCAUCACUUCAGGAAUUUUUGCUACCAAGAUACCCCUGGGCCUCGGGAGGCUCUGAGUCAGCUUAGGGAGCUUUGCUGCCAAUGGCUGAGGCCAGAAAGUUGUACAAAAGAACAGAUUCUGGAAAUGCUGGUGCUGGAACAGUUCCUGAGUAUCCUACCUGAGGAGCUCCAGUCCUGGGUUUUGAACCAUCAUCCAGAGACUGGAGAGGAGGCAGUGAGUCUGUUGGAAGAUUUGGAAAAAGAGUUUGAUGAAUCAGGACAGGAGGUCCCAGCCAGUAUACAGGGAAAGGAAGGGCUUUGGAACAAGAUGACUCCUCUGAACUCAGCCCAGGAAUCCCAGUGGAGUAUACAGCUCCAGCCUGUGGAGACCAAACUUAAGUGUGAAUCUCAGGAACUCCACUCCCUCCAAGAGAGAGCUCUCCAAGUUCCUGCCUACUUCCCAAAAGGGAGCUAUAAAGACCUGGAAACAGCAGUUGUGCUUCCCACUCCGAGGCUUCAGGGGUUGCUAAAGAUGGAAGAUAAAGCCUUGUCUCUAACCCCUGAUGAGUGGGGGCAGCUGGAGCCAUCUGAAAUGAACCUCUGUAGAGGUGACAGUCAGGAGAAUUAUGGGUACAUGGUCUCCUUGGAUGGUGAACUCAAGAUGGAUAUCAGAGAAUCAGUUAAAAAACAAGAACUUCCUGCAGAAUUGCACCCAUCUUGCCAAUUUAGUGGAGAAAUUCCCAGGGGUCUAGAGGGUGGAGAGUUUUGUGAACAAGAAAACAGGUUAGAAAAAAAACAGAGAAACACUACUGGAAGAAGGCAGUAUAAAUGUGAUGAAUGUGGGAAAUGUUUUGCUCAAAGUUCAGGUUUGAGUAAGCACAGGAGAAUCCACACUGGUGAAAAACCUUAUGAGUGUGAUACAUGUGGGAAAGCCUUCAUUGGGAGUUCAGCCCUUAUUAUACACCAGAGAAUCCACACUGGAGAAAAACCUUAUGAAUGUGAAGAAUGUGGGAAAGCCUUCAGUCACAGCUCAGAUCUUAUUAAACAUCAGAGAAUCCACACAGGGGAGAAACCCUAUGAAUGUGAUGACUGUGGGAAAACUUUCAGUCAGAGCUGCAGCCUUCUUGAACAUCACAGAAUCCAUACUGGGGAGAAGCCUUAUCAAUGUAGUAAAUGUGGAAAAGCUUUCAGGCGUAGUUCACAUCUUCUCAGACAUCAGAGAAUCCACAUUGGUAAUAGAUUUUUUCAUGAUCCUGAGCACAGAGAGGCCUGUGAAGGUAAGGAAGAGGUAGAAACACAAUGGGGAAAACUUGAAGGACAAGAGCUAUAUAAAUGUUUGGUAUGUGAGAAGAAUUUUACUGGGUUCACAGGUUUUGCUGAACAUCAGAGAAUCCAUGCAGGGGAAAAACAUUAGUGUAAUGAGGGUGGAAGAGCUUUUAAUCAGAAUCCCUACCUUAUUAAACAUCAAAGAAGUCACAAAAGACAAAAGCCUCUAUCAGUGUAACAAGUAAACACUAGAAUUGAAGUAUUUUGAAAUGCCAUCUCAGAGUGUCUGUAAUUAUAGAAUCAGAAUUCAAAGGACUUCAGAGUCCAUGUACUUGAAAAAAAUCAGUUCUACAAAAUACCUGACCAAUGGCCAUCAGAUUUUACUUAAAGAUUUCCAGUGAUGAGAACUGACUACCUCCUUUUGGAUAGCUCUAAUUAUCAGGAAGUUCUUCCUUUUACUAAGGCUUUAGCUUAGCAAAUCCACCUCUCCAACUUCUACUCGUGGCUAUACUUGUGGACUAAAUACAAGAAGUCUGAUUCCUUUUCCAUGAAAAAGCUUUUUAAAUACUUAGAAAGCUAUAUCUUUUCUUCUCAGGGCUAAACACCUACUUCCUUCAGAUGGCCAUCACCAUUUUGGUUAACCUCUUGACACUCUAGUUCAGGGAUAGGGAACCUGCAGCCUCCAGGCCAUAUGUGGCCCUCUAGGUCCUCAAGUGUGGCCCUUUGACUGAAUCCAUACUUCUCAGAACAGAUCCUCUUAAUAAAGGGAUUUAUCCUGGGAAGUUUGGAUUCAAAGGGCCACACUUACCUAGAAGGCCACAAGUUCUUCACCCCUGUUCUAGCUUAUCCAUGAUUUUCCUAAAAUAUAGUGCCUGUGACUGAGCAUAGUAUGUCAGAUGUGAUUUAACCAAAGCAGAGUACAGUAGGAUCAUCUGCUUUCUGGACUCUAUGCCUUUCUAAAUGUAGCCUAAGUUUAUGUUAACAUUUAUUACAUUGUCUCAUUGAACUUGAAACCCACCAUAUCCCCCAGAUUUUUUUUAUACAAACUAGCAAUACCUUCCCAAUCUUGUACUUGUGAAAGUGACUUUUGAACCCAGUGUAAGACUUUACAUUUACUCCAACUCUGCUUCAUCUCAUUAGAACUGGCCAACUGUAGAAUCUCUCAAGGUUUGUUGGGAUCCUAACUUGUUCAUCGUUGUGUUAGCAAUCCCUUUCAUGUUUGCUUUAUCUAUUAAUCUGACAGGCAUUCAUUAAAUCUAGAAGAGAAGUUAGAGGUCACUUAGUCGAACCCUUUCCUUUUGUAAAUGAAAAAACUGAGACCUGGACAUGUUAAGGUUUCAGGUCCCGCAGGUAGUAAGUAGCAAAACUGGUAUUUGGGCAGAAUUAGUUUCUUCUGACUGCAUAUCCAGCACACUUUCUAUUGUGCAUUCCAUCUGACCUUUUCUUCAAGUCACUGAUAUACAUAUUAAAUAACACAGGACUAAGCACAGAUUCCUGGGGCUCACUAUCAGAUACUUCUUUCAGUGAAUUCUUAACUUGGGGUCUUUGAACUUAAAAAAAAAUUGGUAACUAGUUCAGUGUA